AUGUCGGCCAUCCCUACCAAAUGCCACCAAUGCAAGGCCACCUUCAAAGACAUCUCCGCCUGCGAACAGCACGCCCGAGACAAGGGUCACAAGCACAUGCCUGCGUAUAUGUGUUCACAAGGGGGCUGCUGCGUGGUGUUUUCCGACCUGACGAAGCGCACCACUCACAUCCAGAGCAAGAAGCACCAAUAUCCUAGCCCUGAAACCCCCAACAACCAGGCCGGCACGUCGAGUGGAGGGGUAAAUCCCACUCUGGCUGCUCCGGGGCCAUCCAUGUCAACUAGCGCGCCCCCGAAGCCUCCGACGAGUACUCUGUGCGAGAAGUGCAACACGACGUUCCCAACCCCGGCAGCGCUGCAACAGCACUACACCGAGUCCACUGUCCACCCUACUUGCCGUACAUGCGGCAUGGGCUUCGUGUCCCUUGACGUGUUCUACAAGUACGAAGACGACGAACCGAACGCCACGGCCUCACCUCCCUCACGAGCCUCCACCCCCACUCAUCCGGCCCUCUCAGUGCGGUCGUCGUCAUCGUCUCACACCAAGCUGGCCACGCAGCCUCCCCCACGGUGGACGGACCUGAACGACUACAUGCCUGCCUACUCACCCCACUCCGCGGCACCUGCAUCGCCUCCCACCCCGCGCCCCACCCACUCCCAUUCCCGUGCCCCCACCCGCACCUCCGUCUCCGCCUCGUCGUCGUCGUCGGGCCCGGUGCGCGCCUCCGCACACGAAUGGCCGGCCUACUCCGACCGGACCCCCACCCCGCCCCCGCCCUCGUACGGCACCCGCUCGCGCGCGCACGGGGACAAACCCGCGGGCGCCGCCGCGCCGACGCUGUCGUUCCGCUGCCGCGCGUGCCAGCGCAGCCCGUGCGCGGACCCGGUCGCGACGAUGUGCGGGCACAUGUUCUGCCACGGGUGCGUGCUCGACGCCAUCGCGGGGACGGGCGCGUGUCCCGAGUGCGGGAAGGUGUUCUUCAUCCGGCUGCACCUGGAGGCGUGA